UUUUUGUCAUUUUUUUAUUCCCGAAUCGCCCAUCAGCUGGGCUGUGAAAGUGAAAGUCCAUCCUGUAGUUUUCCAUUCAUUUCCUGUCCUGCAUGAAUCACUGCAGUCGUCUUAACUGGGCUUGGACAUCACUUCAGAAUGACUCGAGACACUGUCAGAGCCUUUGUUGUGAUCUGCGGGAAAACACUGAAUUCCCACAAGCCCUUUCUGGAUCAUCUCACACUUUCACCCAACUUCCGUGAAGUGACCUCUGUGGACAACAGUGAUGUCAUUAUUGCCUUUGCCCCAGUUGUGUCUCGAGCUGGAACUGACAUUGAAGCAGCUCUUCAGAAGAUUCAAGGUAAAAAUAUAAACUAUAUUCUAGCCGUCCACUUUAUCAGAACGAUUAUUUAUUUCUCUCUGUUAUUCUUAUUUCUCUCUCUCCCAGCGAUCUCAGCUACCCAGCCUGUUGUUCUAGUGGUGCUCCACCACACAACUCAGCAGUAUCCAGUCGUCCCGAACAGCAGCCGGAGUGUUAACAGGAGUGAUGUGUUCACUGUGGACUGCCUGUUUAAUGAAGACCGAGGGCUGCUGAGCUGUCAGCACAACGACCAGGCACUGAAAGCAGUGAAAGAGCAUCUGGGACUAGAGGAUGGACAUCCUCCCGAGACGCAGUGGGCUUGGCAGCUACUUGUCAUGACAUCUGUCUUGCUGAGCAUCAUCCUGAUUUACUUCAUCACUCCAAAGUACAUGCCAUCUGGUUUAUUCCCUGGAUGCUUCUUCUCCUGGUGAUUCUCCUAGAGAUGCAUGGCUAUGGAAAGUGGACUCCCCUGAUAGUGAUUCUACUCUCCCUCACUGUCACUAAUAACCAAAAAAGCCAGGAUCCCCCACUUUAAACCAGUCUAGAGUUUAAAAGAGAUAAACUGACAGUAUUGCUUUGUUUGCUGAAGACCUCACAUAACCCUGCAACUGAAAACGUCAUGAAAAUAUAAAUGUGUAGUAAAGAAAAACAAUGCAUGAUUAAUAAUCAAUAUCCAUUCACUGACAUUAACAUGCUAAUGCACCAAUUAAUAUAUAAGCAGUUACUGUAUGAAGAUGGAAGGUAAACUAGACUGUGUGCUGGAUCAGU